AGUUUCCGGUCGGGGACCGGCUUCGGGAGGGUGCAGCCGCUCAGCGCCAUGUGGAGAGCCGCCGCGGUGGCCGCACUGCUGGCCGUCACUCUCCACCUGCUCAUCUCCUAUUACCCGAUGGAUACUCCUGUGGAGGCCGUGCGAAUCCUCUCCGAUUACCUGUUCGGCCAGAGGGUGGUACGGGAGCCCGAGGAGCUGGUGGCUGAGGCCUGGGACUCGCUCAUCAGAGCACCGAGCAAUGGCUGGAGCAGAGUGGCUGUAGGUGUGAAUGCCUGUGUGGAUGUGGUGGUGUGUGGACUUGGACUUUUGAAAGCACUGGCUUUGGAUUCUGGGAACAAAGUGGACCAUGACACACUUCAAUCAAGAGAACAUUUGAAGGAAACUUUCUCUUACUUCAUGGAUAAAGGAGUUGCAGCUGAACGAUUCUUCACUGACAAAGAACUCUUUCAAAGUAUUGCACAGACUGCGUCUCAAUUCCCAGGAGCUAAGCACUUUGUUGGAGGAAAUGCUGCCCUGAUUGGUCAGAAGCUGAGCACGAAUCUAAACCUCUCGGUGCUGCUGUGUGGUCCAGUUGGCCCGAAGCUCCGUGAACUCUUGGAUGAUCGAAUUAUUGUCCCAGCAGAAUCACUGCAGGAGGUGGAUGAAUAUCAUCUCAUUCUAGAAUAUCAGAGUGGAGAUGAGUGGGGGUCGAUUAAAGCACCUCAGGCCAACCGCUUCAUUUUUUCCCAUGAUGUGUCAAAUGGAGAGAUGAACAUGAUGGAGACCUUAAUAUCAAGUCUGGAGGAAUUUGAACCUGAGCUGGUUGUCCUUUCGGGUUUGCACAUGAUGGAGGGACAGGGGAAGGAAGAACGAAAUAAGAGACUACAACAGGUUAGUGUGUUAAUCUCAGAGAUACCAAACGAGAUUUCAGUACACCUGGAGCUGGCCAGUAUGACUGACAAGACAUAUAUGAAUACCAUUGUGGAUCAGCAGGUUCUUACUAUUGUAAACUCGAUUGGCCUGAAUGAGCAAGAGCUGUUGUUCAUCAGUCAGGCUAGUUCAGGACCUCACUCCUCGCAGAAGCAUUGGAAUGGGGCUCCUGAUAUUGGAAUGGUUAGUGAUAUUAUUUUUUGGCUUCUCAAAGAAUACGGACGCACUGAUUCACGUAAGGAUUCGGAUUUAACUCGUGUUCAUUUCCACACACUGGCCUAUCACAUCUUGGCAACUGUAGAUGGUUACUGGAGUAAUCAAAUAUCAUCUCUUGUGGCUGGUGCGAGAGUUGCUGGGAAUCAGGCAUGUGGCACUGAUGCAAUUGAUCCAACAAAAGUUGUUCUCGAUUUUCCCAAAGAAUUUGUGUUCUCGCAAAUGGAUGGAUUGCUGAAGAGUAAGAAAAUGACUUUGAACCCAACCAACCCCGUGCAUACGUGGCACAGAGAAAACAUCUCGUUUUUCAUCACUCCUGUUCUGAUUUGUGUCAAUCCAGUAAGGACAGUGGGAUUGGGAGACACCAUCUCUGCAGAAGGGCUUUUAUAUUCUGAGCGAGUGUCUUUUCUGUGAACCUUCCUGUACAAAAAUACCGAACAAAACUCUGUUUGUGUUUAAGGCAAAUACUCUGUGUCUAUUGUGUAGGAAUUGGGGUGGUGGUGGUCAAAUAAACUUCAGCCGGAGCAGGAAACAGCUGAGGCUUUUGCUCCUUUUAGACCAAAGCCUGAUGUAUAAAAGUUGACCAGGACUUGAUCCAGUUACGCACUCUUCUUUUUGCUAUUUCCAUUUGCUAAUACCCCUUACUCUUUAUUGUAUUUGUUACAGUUUUAAUUUUUUUCCAUCAGGAAACGACUGCAAGUUCUAAUUUCUUUCUGUUGUGUUAAAGUGAACUUUGGAAAUCUGGGUGGAGAGUGCUUGCCUUGUCUUGUCUGAGAAACCAUGAUUUUGUGACUGGUAUAUUUUCAGUGUUGUGGGUUGUAUGAUGCCAAUGUUAGAUUCUGAUUCUUGGGAACCCGAAUUCUGAUCGAGCCCCGUUUGUUUGGGUGAAAACCUUCACAAUCUGAUGGCUGUGAAGGUCUUCAGUUGGUGGUUUUAAUUCAAUGGGUUUAAGUUUACAACAUAAUGCUUCCCCUAAUUUGACACUAAUGAUAAAAAAAAACCAAAGGAUAAUCAGUAUGAGAGGUGGAACGCUAACUUGAGUAACGCAUUGGGGUGCUUUGCUGCGUAAGGGUUGGGGCAUCUUAUUGGGAAAUUGCAGAGAAAUCUUUACUGUGGUUGGACCUUGAAGUGCUUUAUUCUGUAGUCCCAGAGCAGAUUGAAUAAGCCUGUAGGGUGUACACUUUGAGAACCUAAAGGGGAGGGGCAGCUUAUGGUAGCUCCUUUAUACUCCUGUAAAUGAGAAGGCUAAUGCAAAGAAAAAGUAGGUUUUUAAAGAAAAUAUUUAUUUGCAAAAUGUGAAGAUUCAUUUAAACUAUUAGUUUAGUGUGACAAUUUUUGGAAUGGGAAAACAAUACCUGUACUUGCUUUGUUUCUAGUUGAGGUACAUGAUAAAAUACAAGAGAAAUUAGUUGGAACUGUUUUCACUUCAUUAGCUGUGACAGACAGAUAUCAAUCAGUACUCCCUCUGUGUUAUACAGCUCCAAAUGUCUCUCCAUAGAUUUGGCAGACCAUGAUGUAGAAUUGUGCAGGAGUUUAAAUGGUCAUAUUCUGCUACAUUUUACUGAUCUCUGCUGACAGUAAUUCAGCUGACUUUUGUUCAAAUUAUUGUUAUACUGAAUGGUUUCAGCUUUGCCUUCUACAUGGCAUUAGGUGAGGUUAAUAACUUGUAUUUUUGUGCUUAAUUAAAUUGCUACUAGCUAAUAACAUUGAUUCGGGGAAAAAAAUCUCCUCCAUGGCAUCCCUGAAUUUCUAUUUAUUUCGGGAGGAUUUGGUGAAAUAAAGAGCGGAUGAAGGGGGAAAACUACUAAAUUUUCCCUGUUUUUAGAAAGUGCUUGAACUGAUUUUGAUCAUGAUUCUGAUUUUUAGCUAUGCCUAACAUGGCUGAAGACAAAACGUAGUUCUACCAAGUAACAAUGUAAGUAUAAAAGUCCCAGUUCCCACGGAGAUGCUGUCUUAUGUGAUGCUGAAUCAGCUGACCAGGCAGUUGUAAAGUUUGAUUUACAGUCUAUGCUGUGUCGGCUAAUUGUCACAUUGGGGCAGCUAUACUGUUCUGUAGUUCAUUCUGAACCAGAAUGGAAUAAACUGAGGUUCCUGAUAUCCCUGGUGCAGACUCAGAUUUUUGCUUAAGAGGCUGAAUCAGACUCAGCUGUGUUCCACAUAGCAUAGCCUCCUAAACACCAUGCAGAGCUGCAUGUGAGGCUUGGGCAUUGGUGCUUGUAUAAUAGGGUUUGAUGUCUGGCAUUUAAAAUUCCUGUAAUUCAGCUGGAGAAUAUAUACUCCUGAUCCAUAGAGGGAAAUUAAAAACAAAUAAGAACCUGAAAAUCAGCUUGUCUUCCUCCCACCAUUCACUCCAAAUUAGAUUAUCCCUUUGAGAACAAUAUUUGAAUCAGAAGCAAAUGGCAGAAUUAGUGGUGUGUGCAGCUCACCUCCCCCUCUUUGAGAGCUUUUGGGAAUAUUGCUGAGUCAACGACACACUGGGGCUUAAACUGCUUCCUCUUUUAUUCCUUGAUGGAUUCUUGCAGGAAAUCAAUUCCACUUGUAUUGGAAAUAUUGAUUUGAGUAUUUAAUAUUUGCUUUCUCAAACAAUGAGUUACAUUCUUUAUUAUCCCUGUUUGCUAAUUCCUUUUAAAAAGCUCCUGGAUUGUGGUUGUGCUGAUACAUUUUUCAGAGGGAAGACCAUUUUUGCAGGAAGAGGUGGUGGCAAAUGUUCAUUCACCUGUUGAUUUUCACAGGCUCUUAGUGUCAGAGGCACGUCUAUACUGUCUCCCUGCCCCCUCUUGUGACACUGCUGAGAACAACAUAAGUUUGUCCAUUGCGGCAAGGAUUUGACCAUGUGGCUAUUAGAGCUUCAGUUCAUUUGCAAGGACCAAUUUUAGUUUUCUCCAUAAUAUGUACUUGUUAGCAUGAACAUAUGGUUUAAAUUACGGUCGAUUUUGCAGAAUGAUGUAUGACAGUUUUGGUUGACUCUUGCUAUUUUUUUAACGCUGGUUGCUGUAUGUUAUCUUUCACAUCCGUAUAAAGAAGUCUGGUGAUAACUCGUGGGAAUUUCUGAAUGCUGAAUUCAUGUCUUCUAUCUCUUGAUCAAAGUGCUGUUGUCAAACAUUACUUGAAAAUUGAGAUUUUUUUUGCAUAUGUGGUUUAAGGCACUGUAUCAAUCUAGUAAAUAUAUAACUUUUUUAAGCAAGAUUUUGCAAUAAAUUGUUUUUUUUCUCUAAA